UGAUCCUUUGGUAUGGUUGUUUGCUAGCCUCCUAUGUUCUCCACUUCCAGACCUCGUGAGUCUUUGAAGAGGUCCAGGAACAGAGUUCAAAUCCCACACCCGCAGUAUUUCAGGGAUCUUAGUGAGGCAGGAGGAGGACCAAAGUGUUGGUGACGAAGGUAGUUUAGGCUCUGGGGGAACUUGAGCCGGAGUGGUGAGGUGGGCGGGAUGCGUGCCGGGGGCGGGGCGUGGAGGAGCGGCGCUGCGAGGUCGGCGGCGUGGGGCGGGCGGCUGGCAAUGUCCUUGCUCUGCCCAGAUGACUCCACCCACUUGCACCGCCACCGCAUACACCUGCACCGCCACGCCGCCCCGAACGAGUCCCUCGGCGGCACCCGCCCGCAAGUCUGCUGGUGCCACACGCGCCAACCACCUCACGCUCCGGCAUUACGACUGCAGAUUGCUAAAGCCUUUUGGCCCUCCUUGAAGGUCCACCUGCCGCAAGUCACCUGUUCACGAAGCUCCGCGCGAAUACACGGCGAAUCGUCCGUCGGUGCAGGAGGCUGGGAAGGUCUGCCAAACGAGGCACCGGGAUGAACGCUCGACGCGCGGCACCGAAGCAGGAGCAGGACGCUGCAAACCGCGUCGAGGAGCGGGCGUGGGCGCGUCGCUCGGCAGGUGUUCCCUCUCUCCUUCCUCUGCCACCCCUCUCGGUUCCUGCCGGUGGAGGAGUGCCGCGGCCACCCGGGUGCCACCCUGAGCAGGUGGACCCAGCCUCCGUGUUGGACCCGGUCAGUGUGUACCUGCUGGCCCGCGGUCAGGUGUGUCGCUGCCUACAGUGGGCCACCUGCCACCACCACCCCUACCUGUGGCUGUGGCCGCCCCUCCUGCCCCCCGCCGGCCCCCUCCGUCUGCACCUCCCGAGCCCCGGCCAGCACGCGGGCGGCCUGGCAGCCUGGCGCCACGGCCUUGCACUAGACGGUGCUCUGGCGCCGCGGGAUGUUUGGCCGCCUUACCUGCCGCGCCUCGCCCCAGACGCCCCCAGCACAGGCGGCGUGGUGGCGGAGGACGGCCCCUCAGCGCGCCCCGUCCCCAGCGGCAGGCGGCGGGGUGACACUCCCGGGAAGCGGACGCGGCGGCACCGAACCAUCUUCACGGAGGAACAGCUGCAGGAACUCGAGCUGACCUUCCAGAUAACGCACUACCCCGACGUCCUCCUCAGGGAACAGCUGGCCCUCAAGGUGGACCUGAUGGAGGAGAGGGUGGAGGUUUGGUUCAAGAAUCGCCGGGCCAAGUGGAGGAAACAAAAAAGGGAGAGUCAGUGCCCCACCCCGGAGGUCAAACUUACUUCCUCACGCCCCGACCCCGCCGCCAGUACGGCCCCGCCAGAGGUUCAUGCAAACAGAAGGGGCAGAGAGAAGGGCAUCGUGACCACCCGCCUGGUGUCCCCGCCCCCCCAUGGUCUGCAAGCGGCCCGUGAGGAGCAGAGGAAGAGCAGGGAAGGUCAGGUCACGAGCGACGACAUGCGGGUACCUGCAAGACCCGAGGGACAGGAGACCGUGCCCCCUCCAGCCAGGUGUGUUCAUGUAAUAAUAAUAAUAAUAAUAAUAAUAAUAAUAAUAAUAAUCGGUUUAUUUAGUGAUUUAGGUCAAGUUGAGACAGAUAAGGGACAAGUAAGACUCUCACUGUGCUUUUUAUUAUUGCAAUGUAUGUUAUCGUUUGAAUAUAACCCCUUUUUUUUUUUUGUGUGUGUGUGUCAGUGUGUGUAGACUAAGAUAUCGUCAAGUAGGUCAAGUUGAAACAGAUAAGGGACAAUUAGGACUCUUAUUGUGAUUUUUCUAUUGCAAUGUAUGUUAUCGUUUGAACAUAACCCAGUUAGUGUGUGUGUGUG